AUGCCAGACUUUACGGACAACCUAAAGCCGGCACACGAUGGAACCCAGAUUCUGGAGGCGGAAAGGAAUGGCAGUCCCUUGUCUGUUCAGGAGUUAUCGAAACACUUGCUUUCCAGAAAUGACUUCCUCAAUCGACAGGCAAGGAUCCUUGAGAUUGUCGAAAAGGAACCGUUGAUGUCAAAGAAGAACCUCCUAAACUUGGCCCGUCCGGAUCGAUAUCACCUUGGCUUGGCAAGAGCGAAACUGAUUCGAAGAUUGGCUCUCAAGCAUGACUGGAAUAAGGAGGACGCAGACAUGGCUGAAUACCUGGUGGACGAGAUGUCACCGUAUCACCUCCACCUUUCCAUGUUUGUUACCACGGUUCGAGAGCAAGGGUCGGAGGAACAGAAGGCUCAUUGGAUGCCCCAGAUCCUCAAUUACGAUAUCAUCGGUUGCUACGCUCAGACUGAACUAGGACAUGGAAGCAACGUACGAGGUCUGGAAUGUCAGGCCAAGUACGAUCCAACGACGAAGGAAUUCAUUAUUCACUCGCCGACUUUGACCGCUUCCAAAUGGUGGAAUGGGACCAUGGGCCGAACGGCAACGCAUGCCAUCAUCGUUGCCCAGCUCAUGCUGCCCGAUUCGACCGGGAAUUAUGUGUCCCAUGGGCCGCAUCCGUUCGUCGUCCAGAUUCGCAACAAGGAAACUCAUCUGCCUCUCGACGGCAUCGUGGUUGGCGACAUUGGUCCCAAAUAUGGUUACACGUCCAUGGAUAAUGGAUAUAUGCUCCUAGAUAACCACCGGGUCCCUCAUUCAGCCAUGUUGGCUCGAUACUCCCAUGUCGAUCCAAACACGGGCGCGUUCUCUCGUACCGGACACCAAGCCGUGGUAUAUGGCUCGCUAACUAAUGUCCGCGCCACGAUCAUCAUGCACGCAAGGCUCAUCUUGGCUCGAGCAGUGACGAUCGCGGUGCGAUACUCUACGAUCCGGCGACAAUUCCAUGAUAGGGAUGAUUCCAAGCAAGCCGGACCGGAGAUGACCGUGCUAGACUACCCCACGGUGCAAAUCCGGAUCCUUCCUCUGGUCGCGACCACUUUUGCGCUUCAUUACACCGGGGAAGCCAUGUUCAACAUGUAUACCAGUACGCGUUCAAACAUUGAAAAGGGAGAUUUCUCAGGAUUGGCCGAAUUACAUGGGGUCAGUAGUGGACUUAAGAGUUUGUGCACCACCAUUGCAGCCAACGGCAUUGAAACAUGUCGAAGAGCGUUGGGAGGGCACGGAUUUGGUGGCGGCAGCGGUCUCAUCAACAUCAAUAACGACUACCUUUCCAAACCGACGGUUGAAGGUGACAACUGGAUGAUCACUCAGCAAACUGCUCGAUAUCUGAUCAAAAAGAUGGAGAGCGUCGUGGCAAAGCCCGAUGCACCGGCCAAGGAUGGCACCGAUGCACUUUUCAAACAAUAUUUGAAAACGAGGAAUACAUACAAACCCAAGGAGCUGGUCAUCAAUGGACAGUACAUCGACAAGGCCAUGAUGGAAGCGUUCGAGUGGCGUGCAGCAGAUUUGACAUAUCGCGCUUAUGAAGCAAGGGUUGUCCAAAAGAAGGGCUGGACGAGUCUUCUCGUGCAAUUACACCGACUCAGCAACGCGUAUUCCGAAUCCUUCCUGGUCUCAAACUUUCAUCGUGCGCUCGUCCACUCGUCCCUUUCCCAAGCCGCUCAAAGGGUCAUGCGAGACAUGUAUCGACUUUUCGCCCUCUCCACGAUGGACGCCGAUGCCAGGACCUUCCAGUCCUGCAACGCGGCGUCUUCUGGAUCGCUGGACCAGCUUCCUGACACCAUUCAACAACUCAUGUUGCAGAUCCGACCCCAUGCUGUGAAGGUUGUCGACGCUUGGAGCAUUCCGGAUUACGUCCUCGACAGUGCACUGGGGAGGUACGAUGGAAAGGUAUACGAGGACCUCUAUGACCGCGCACACCGACAGAACCCAUUGAACAGGGUGACGUUCAAUGUUGAUUGGAGAAGCGAUGAGAUUGUCAAAGGCAGCAAUGAUGGGGGAAAGGAUAUUUUGGCGAAGUUGUAAACUUCGAAGUAUGCGAUCUAGCCAACCAGAGUAUUUUCGUGUAAGGGUAGCGUGUUUAAAAGAUGUUCCAAAGAGGUUUUCCAGCUCUUCUCUGUACGAAUCAAUAUGGCGGUAUGACGGACUUCUGUACUGGAGCCUGAAAUCCUGUCUCGGGUGAGCAUGAGAAUGUGAAAACACGCUGCAUCGCGACG